AAUCGAUCAAAGGACGUCCGGGUACCAUCAAAAGACUCACACGACCGGAAACUCUGAAUCAUCAAAGUCCACGGACUGAGCAUGCGCAGAGAGCUUUAGUGGCAAUUCACGGCCAGGUUUUAGUUCUGUUCCGGUAGUAAAUUCUAGGAAGGAGAAAGAAGGCAGAACAAGCGGUUGUUUUAGCUAAAACAUUGCUAAAGGGACCGUGACUUCUCUUUUUGGGAGAAAAGAGAACAAAGAUUUUUAAAAGUGCGUUUGUGUCUUUCAGCUUUUUCUUUUUUUAUGAUGUAGCCUUGUCUAACUUUAGAUAUAGAAAAAAAUACCUUUUAGAAAAAUAUAAUUUUAAUGAACAGUGUUUCGCUUCGGGGAUAUUUAAAUUGUGAUCAUACAUUUUCCCGACAAUUUGGAAAAUGUGUAGAAGAAAUAAUGUUAAAAGCUUUUGAUCAAAACAACAUUAAAGAUUUAGCGACAAUGUUCGCAACUGGUGAGUUUGUCGCGCAGUUGUGAAAUUAAUCAAUAUUGUGUGGACAAGUUGUAGGAUCAUAUUACAUGUAUUUUAAUAAAAGUUAACAGAUUUUUGCUCACGCAAGGAUACUGAACCUCGAUUAACAACACACCUAACCAAACGGCUGUACUCCCAACAGACUCUACUACCAGAAGUCUGGUGGGUACAUUCAUCAUCAUCAUAAUCACCACCGCUUUUGCGUGGCAACAGCAACCUGAUCGGCGUCGCCAUAGCAACCGCAUCGGCGUCACCAUAACAACCUCAUCGGCGUCGCCACUACCACUACCACUACCAUAACGACCACGCCCCCGGUGUGGUUGAGAGUAAGCUAGGACCUGAGGGUGAGCACCCCCCACCGGCGAGAUCGCUUACUACCUCCCCCCCAGCAACAUGGCGAUGACCGCCGAGCAGCACCACACACCUGCCUGGCUCGGACACACCGCCGACCCCUCACGCAUGGGGAACGGGUUCGAACCCCCGGCGCCAGGCAUGAUGCCCUCUGAGGACAUCAGCGACAUGUUCUUCCCACACUCCCUGGACUCGAACGCGGGCCAUAUGGGAGCGGCCGGUUACUACAACAGUCACGCCGCGGCCCGCGCCAUGCACAGCUACAGGCCCGCUCACGUGUCCAGCAGCCCCCAGAUGUGCCGGCCUCACUUCCACAGCCCCCUCCACCCGUGGAUACCGGACACCACAAAGUCCAUGGUGCCGCACGCUCACUCAGGAUGGAUGGGCGGGCCUUUCGGCACCACAAAGUCCUUGUCACAUCAGAUGGGUGGACAUACGUCACUUCCUGUCCACCCGUCUACGUCAUCAGCGAUUGUUACGUCAUCGUCCUUCUCUUUCCCGCCCACCCCGCCCAAAGACGUCACGCCCGAGAGCAACAAUAACAAUAAUAACAACAGUAACGCUAAUACCAACAACAAUAACAACAACAGCGCGGCAGCUGUCAUAGGGGGGCAAGUGGGAGGAGUCAACAACGUCACCAAUCCCGGCGUCGGGAACGCCUCCACCAACCCCUCAGCCGCCGUCGCCAACAGUCUCAACAGCAACACAAACGCUACCAACAACAACAGCAACGUCAACAGCAGCAACAGCAGCAACAGCAACAACAACAGCGGAAUUGGCGCUCUAGGCUCGCCCGUCGCGGACGCUUACGGCUCUCUCGGGGCAUCUUCAGACUACAACAAAUCUUCGUCGUCGCUCAAAGUGGAACCUUCAGGUCCCACCUCUGACGGGAUCCCGUCCUUCCUCGGCCACCACGGAGGCCACGCCCAUCACCAUAGCUCCGCCCACACGGCGCACCCAGUGCCCACCUACCCUUCCUACAUGGGUCACGAUCCCUACGGGGGCGGGGCUUUGGGGUUCCACACGCCCAGUGUCUUCAAAUCGUCGUCGUCAUCGUCGUCGUUGUCGAGUCGGCCGCGGGCAAAGACAAGGUCGAGCACUGAGCGCUGCUCGACGUGCGGGUACCACGUGCGCCAACUGUGGGACUGGAACCACAACCCUGUGGAGGAGAAACCCGAAUGGCGACCCUGUGUGCAACGCCUGUGGACUCUACUAUAAGCUGCACAACGUAAACCGGCCGUUGACGAUGAAGAAGGAUGGUAUUCAGACCAGGAACCGAAAGAUGUCAACGAAGAGCAAGAAAGGCAAGAAAGGGAUGGUGGCCAUGUCAGACUUCCUUAGGGACAGCAAACCCUUCACCGGCUUCGGCGCUCCUUCCUUCAGCCCCGGUAUGCACUCGAUGAACCCGUACAUGACCUCGAUGGGAGGUCAAGGUCUCGGGGGUGGCUACCACCACUCCCAGAUGGGUGCCAGUCUCGGCGGGAGUCUGGCCGGAGGUCUCGGCGGUGGCUUUUCCAACAACUUCCCCUCCUCCCUGCAGUCCCCGUCCUUCGCGCCGUCGCUGCAGUCCCCCUCGUUCCCGUCCUCCCUGCAGUCACCCUCGUUUGCCUCCUCGUACGGUGUACCUUCCAGCGGGCUGAAUCUGUCCACGAGCAACAUGGUAGGCGCUAUGGCGUGACAAUGAAUGCCAAGCGCUACCCGAUGAAAAGACAACAUCUCUCGUCGUUUUUGGGUAGCGUUUACGCCAAUCCAGGCUGCUUUAUGUACUGCCAGAAAAAAAGCUUUGAAAGUCCACAUUAAAGAGGGCCCAGGCUGGUUUAGAUUGUCCACACUGGACGCAAUAUCUGCUGACGUCAUAAUGGAACGUCCAGCGUUUCCCAACUUCGGGUUUAACGCUGUAUGGCUCGUGUCAUGUACACUGGACAAGACAGAUGGCCUAAGUUCCACAUGGACUGGUGCUAAAGACACAGUAUGAGACAUCAAGCGUGAUCCGGAGCAACGGAUCCGUCGUUGUCGAUGUUUGGCAUAAAUAGAUACUGGUUUUACACCGUUUAAAGUCUCCAUGUAUUGCUGACACAGCAGCAGACUUACACAGUCGUCUAGUGCGACCUGGUGUCACCAACUUCGGGGACUUAAACUUAUGUUCUCACUCCUACAGUUGUGAACCGGAGAUUACAUAUCUUAUAAACGUCGCCAUAAGUGCUCGGGUUGACAGUUAUGACAACUGUCAAUGAAUACACUCCCACAAUUCGCUGAUGAAACUAAUUGUGUACAGCCAACGUUCAAAGCAUCGUUUAGUCUCUUCAUGAAGUCACAGGCAGAUGAAUUUCACACAAACACUGGCACCAAGUACGCAUAUCUCGUUGUUGAGUUUUGAAUUCUUCAGAAACACGCUGCGGAUUUAAAAGUCUACCGAUGCACGUUAUGGUGGCUCCAAUCCAUUUGUCCGGUUAUGUCAUUAGCAAUGAAAAAAACAUUGGCACUUUGAAUUUGCGCAGACCUAUCAGACUAUGCCAGCGUGGAGGCUGACCGAUGUCGACAACAGUGAGUCUGAGUAGCAGUGAGCAGAAAAUGUGCAAAGAUAAUCUGAACUUUUAUUUUCCUCACAAUGACUCAUCUGUCUCAGGAUAUCUCCAGGCACCACCACCACCACCACCAAUAACAACAACAACAAUAAUAAAACAACAAAAACAGCAACAACAACAACUACAACAACUGUAACUACUACACUAACUACAACAAAUAUAACAGCAACAACAGAAACAAGAACAACAACAAAGAAGAAGUGCCCAUCUGCCUAGAGGAUUCUUAUCUACGCAGCAGAUCCUAACAAGGACCAAGCGUACACUUUGUAAUGUCUCAACAAAACCAUGACAAGUACUCAAGUGUAAAGGAAUUAUGUGAAUCUCAAAUAUCUAUAAAACAAAAUACCAUGAAAGAUGAUGUUCAUUGUAAUGUAUAAUGAAGCGUCUGUGUGAACGUAACAUUGGCAUCUGACCCGAUCCGAUGGAAGAAGCAUAUCAAAGUCACAGACUCAAACAUAGUCAAUGAGAACUUUGGAAGCUGUACGUUUGCGCAGUGAAAGAUUGUAUGUACAUAACAUAAUGGGUUCAGUUCAAGAUAAAUUCCUGUAUUUCAACUUUCUGUGUUGCCUUGCAGGCAAAAUAAGGAAGUGAUAAUUAAAAAACUAUUUAAUAUUGAUGAAACAAAGAAGUUUUGUAUGCUGUAAUGCCGAUUCUGUUGGACUGGACUGAGGUGUGAGUACCGUUUACAGUUUUGGCAUCUCUUGCCUGUGUAAAGGACACGGGAACUUGCUGAUAGUCAGUCCUUUCGAUUUCUUAGAUGAAAUAUUAUACCAAUGAUGCGCUUUGUUGUUUUAAUUCUUUUGCUGUUUUGUCGUGUUUAAUGACGCUGCCUAUUUCAAGAUAAUAUUAUUGCAAUUAUUUUAAUCUGGAUAUUUUGUUACCUUGCCUAUUGUAUCAGUCUUUGGUCAUAUUUAUGAAAAAACAAAAAACAAGUAAAGAAAAGGUGUAUCAAUAUUCACACUAUGUACAUUUCUGGACAUUGACUCCGUGAACAUAAUUAUCCUACAUAUUGAUUAUAAAAACAAUCUGAUGUAAUGUCUGUUUAUCUUGACUCUAAUUCUAAAUGAAUUAGCUCGACGUAUUUCAUGAUUAUUCCGUCUUGCACACACAUACUAUUGUGGCAUAUCGCUGUGACUAUUGCUUGAACAGUCACGGCGAACAUUUAUCUGCACGAUCGUUUCUUCGAUCUACUCUGUGUCGUAAGAUGCUACGAUUUCUGUAGAUGAUUAUUAAGCUUGAUCAGAAAGUAGUAGUGGGUUGUUGGCUUUGUGGUUACUUCACUAAGAGAAAUACAUUUUCAUUGGCGAAUAACCAAAAACCAUGUCAUUAAGAAUUGCAUAGUUGCGAAAGUAUAAUAUGAUACGCAUAGCCAGGGGGCAUUAACGAAAUGAUGAAGAUUCAUUCUGUUGAUAUAAACAUUUCUAAGUUAUCGAUACCUUUGAAGUACAUGUUAUUGGAUAAAUGAAAGACUUCAUGUUGAUUUUAGAAGUAGCCAAGAUGUUAUUUAAUCUAGUUCAGAAAAAAAAGAACAAAUUUUCGAAAAUGUCAUGUGCGUCUCUUGUAAUUUAAGUAUCUCUUAUUGGAUAGCUUCUGCUAAAUCCACUUUCAAAUUAGAUUCAAAUCAAUACUUUUGUGUGUCUUUCCAAAUUUUUCUACAUUCAUCAAUAGUUUAACACGAAGGAAUGAUGGAAGAACUCCCACCUGAAUCUUUUCUCACACUUGUUUUAUCUUCAAACUUUCCCCCCAAAAACGUAGCAUGCUUUUUCUCACCUUUGCUAGGUAAUGAUCGAGGUGUUAUAUUUAUUGUACAAUCCUGUAGAAACUUUUUAAAAAUUGUAUUCGACUAAAAACAUCGUUCAUGAGAGGGUACUUUAUCAGUUGCACUGAAAAUUGUUUCAUAUCUAUGCCUUUUUCAAUAAAGUAUUUUGCAAUAGGUUUAAGAUUUUAAUAAUGUAUGUUAAAUGUAUUUCAGAUAUAAUGCAUAUUACACUAUUCAUUUAUUGAUUCUAAGCUGAUGUAAAAUAGAGGGAACCUAAAAUUUUGUGACGUUUUGUAUAGACACAAAAUUAAUUCGAGCAUCCAAACUUUUGGGGUGUGCGUGUUUGCAUAAUCACGAUGGACGAAGGGCGGCGUUCCUUUUCUAUCAUUUCUUCGGUUUUUAUAUCACUGCAAUUAUUUUUUUUCUGCGACUGAUCACGGAAAUAACUAAAUGUCUCGGAUCCUGUUGGUAUAAAUUUCACAAGCAGCUUCAGUCAAGUUUCAUACUUUCUAUGGUACUUUAUGAGGGAACACUUCUGUUCUCGAAUAUUUACAUGUGUAUCUUGAUUCCCAAUGUUUUCCUUUUUUUUACAGUCUCAUUUCACGCUCAAAAUAUGGAAAGUUUACUAAAUUAAAGGACAUAGGAGUUUUCAUUUCAGUUGUUGGAAACACACCUGCGCUUAUUAUCUGUUUAUUUAUGUUUACUCAUUCACUUAUUUAACUACCUAGCUUUUCAUACAAGAACUGGGUGUAAAAAAUCUUUUCUUAAGAAGAAAUUAUUAUAGAACGUAUCUUUUAAUGCAAACUGUUCAUUUUUAGGGUUUUUUGUUAUCUCCUCAGCAAGAUUAAUUUUCAAACAUUAUUGUUGCCAAGGGACAUUUUCUAAAAUAAAGGAGAUGGAUACGUUGCACCUUGAUUAGAAGAGAUACAUUGUAUUAUGAUUAUGAUUAUGAUUAUUAUUACUAUCAUUAUUAUUAUUAUUAUUAUUAUUAUUAUUUUUAUUAUUAUUAUUAUUAAUUAUGAUUGGUGGUGUUAACAGAAAAUCCAGCAUACAGUAAGAAAAACAAUUAAUAAAUAAAAAUAGAAGGGAUUAUAAACAUUGGACAGAUUUUUUCUGUUAAAUAUGGACGUUUUUUCUUGAGGUUUUGUCGGUUCCCGUGGUUUAUAGUGGUCGUGUCUUUAUUUUUUGUUUGGUUAAAACUUCACAAAAAAGGGCCCCCGACCCACUCCUUUUACUUAGUUAUACAUUGUAAUAAGUAUUGACGUUUCUUUAUUGCAUUGGUUUCAUUUACUUGAAUAAAGUUAUUAAAAAAGA